AUCAGUGCGGCUGCAGUCGCCCGUGCAAGUCGACUUUUCUUGGUGUUGUUGUGUUUUUUUCACGUCGAAUUCGGCGUUUUCCGUGAAAAUCUGUGACUUUUAUCCGUGCUUAGUGGUUAGAUGUAUAUUUAGGUGCAAGUGUUUGUGUUCGCGCGGAAGCCAGACUGAGAGAAAAUCGAAUAGAAGCGAAAAUGAGCAAGACGUGUGCCCGUUGUGAGAAAACGGUCUAUCCGAUCGAGGAGCUAAAAUGCCUUGACAAGACAUGGCACAAACAAUGCUUUAAGUGCCAAGGAUGUGGUAUGACCCUCAACAUGCGCACAUACAAAGGUUUCAACAAAAUCCCAUACUGCGAGGCGCACGUACCAAAAGCGAAAGCUACAACGAUGGCGGAGACUCCAGAGCUGAAACGUAUUGCUGAAAACACAAAGAUCCAAAGUAAUGUAAAAUAUCACUCGGAAUUUGAGAAAGCAAAGGGCAAGUUCACCCAGGUAGCCGACGACCCAGAAACAUUGAGAAUUAAGCAGAACAGCAAGAUCAUAUCAAAUGUAGCCUAUCAUGGAGAACUACAGAAAAAAGCCAUAAUGGAACAAAAAAGGACUAUGACUGGAGAAAAUGGAGAACAAAUUGAAUACGUAGAAUAUCCAGAUGGCACAGUUACGCCAACAGCGAAUUCCAAUCCGAAUGCGAAUGCAAAUGUAAAUGCGAAUCCAGUACCACCUCCAACAGCUCAUUCGCCUGUGCAGAGGGCACCAGGAAGGAUCGCUGAUUAUGAUCCUCUCAGUGAAGCUAGGCCAAGUCCAUAUUCGGCUACUAGACAAGCUGCUACCACUGUCAUUUAUACCAGCGAUAAGGGUGCAGUGACGAAUCUACCUGUUCGGAAAAUUGGAUCCGUAGCAGAUAUUGAUCCCGUAAAUGAAUAUUAUGGUUCUUUGACGCCUGCCAUGAACAACAACCAUGUUUCCCAAAACCAAGCACCUCCACCAGCCGCAAAUACUGGGCAGCGUGUCUACCGAGCGAUGUACGAUUACGAGGCUCAGGACGUUGACGAGGUGAGUUUCAGCGACGGAGAUCUGAUAAUUAAUUGCACAGCGAUCGAUGAAGGAUGGAUGACUGGUGUGGUACAACGUACAGGUCGUCAUGGAAUGUUGCCGGCAAAUUACGUUGAACCUGCGCAAAUCUGAGUUUUUCAUAAUCCUCCACCAUGAAGUAUUCUCUACUUCAUCUUCCAUCUUAGUAACAAAACUUUUUAAAUACAGUUUAAGACCCGCAGGGACGAGAUCUAUGUUAUAAAAAUCAGUACUUUGACAGUACUUUCAAAUUUCUGCGAAUGUGCGUGAAAAGUGAGAACGUAUAGGUAAAGAAUACUCUAGAAGAUCAACGAAAUAUCCUUUUUAUGAUCGUUCUUUCAAAACCAGCUCUCGCUUGAAUCAAUAGAGUUGAGCUGGAAUAUAUUUUAUACAAAAUAUUUUUGCAUCUGGAUCACUUUCUGCAUGUUUUCCAUGCAGUUUAGAGAUUUCUAGGAUAGUAGCGUUUAGGAUGAAAAUAUGGUAAUACAAGUUCUGGUUUCGAGUAUACGUUCCAACAAUUCUCUGCAUUUAAACAAGUAUGGGACCAAACU